GAAAUAGAAAGUUUUGAAAUUACAUAAAUUUCAUUAAAAAAAACGUUCGACAUUUUCAAUCUAUGGUGCUGAAGUUGUGAUAUUUUAUAGAACAAAAUAGUUAAAAUAAAAGCGUACGCUAUAAAAUAGGUAAAAAAUGACGAAUAUCGGCAAUUUGUUGCACUGCGUGUCCAAACAAAUUAAACGCUCUGAACGCGAUGCUCUUAUCAGUUCCUUACUUGCCAAAACAACGGAGACAGAAAAUGUUAAACCAGAUCACUGUGCUAUCAGGCGUGUUGAAACUUUAGAAAAGGAAGCUUUUGCGUUCUUUGCUCAAGCUCUGCAUAUGUAUCAAGCGGACGAAUGGAUGAUAUCGUUUAACGGCGGAAAAGAUUGCACUGUUUUGCUGGACUUAUUGCAAGCCUUCUUUAAACGCAACAAAUGUAUCAGUCAUAUACGCGUGCCAGUAUUAUAUAUUGAGUCGGAAAACAGUUUUGAAGAGGUCGAAGCUGUGGUGCUACAUUGCGAAAGACGCUAUAAUAUAGAUUUAAUAAGGCGCAAAGGUUGUAUAAAGGAUGUGUUGACGCAGAUACUCGAAGAAAAGCCAGAGAUACGUGCUAUAUUCAUGGGCACACGACGCACGGAUCCAUAUUGUGAGAAUUUAAAUCCUAUGCAGGUUACAGAUGCUGGCUGGCCAAGUGUAAUGCGUAUAAACCCACUGCUCGAUUGGAGCUAUAGCGAUAUUUGGUAUUACACAUUCGUGCGUCAAGUGCCCUACUGCCGUCUAUAUGAGGAGGGCUAUACAUCGUUGGGUCAAAAGCAUAAUACAAUGCCAAAUCCCCAUUUACGCAUAUUUGAUCCGGUUACCAGAGCUGUCACAUAUAAACAUGCCGCUGAACUGAUGGAUGCUGAGUUCGAACGCGCUGGCCGCAUUAAAAAAGAUUACGUGGCGAAUUGUGAUAAAGAGCAGGAGAGCAAAAACCAAGAAGCUGAGGAAGAAAAAUAGCAUAAAAGUGAAAAUUAUUCAUAAUUUAGUUUUGACAAAUAGCUAAAUUGUUAACAUCGUGAUAAAUUCAAAUUCGGUAAAUUAAAUUUAUAUAAAAUCUUAUAUACGCUAUGCAACAUAGUGUUAAUAUUUUAGCAAAUUCCAAAUAAGCGCGCUUAUAAAACUAGAACUACAAAAAUUAAAAAUUAAAUAUAUAACAUGGCUGUAUAUAGCAAUAUUCGCUAUUUACCAAACAGAAAA